AGGGGCCACCAGAGGCCAGGGAGGGCGGGACUGGUGUGGUUAUAAAUUCCAAAAAGGCCACUCAAAAUCCGAGAGCAGGAGCCCUGAAAUUCUACUCUGUCGGCUGCUGCUGUUGCUACCAUUCUCAGGAUCCUCACCAUGAAAGGCCUUCUGCUGCUCACCUUGUCUUCUCUGCUCUGCUGGGUCUCAGCUGACAUUCGCUGUCACUCCUGCUACAAGGUCCCUUUGCUGGGCUGUGUGGACCGGCAGUCCUGCCACCUGGAACCAGGACAGCAAUGCCUGACAACAAAUGUGUACCUCGGGAAGAUGUGGGUUUUCUCCAACCUCCGAUGUGGCACACCAGAAGAGCCCUGUCGGGAGGCCUUCAACCAAACCAACCACAAGCUAGGCCUGACCUAUAACACCACCUGCUGCAACAAGGACAACUGCAAUAACCCAGCCCCUCGGCCCACCCCGGCCCUGGCCCUUGUCCUCCUCACCUCCUUGGCUGGCCUUGGCCUCUGGCUGUUGCACUGAGACUCACUCCAUGGCUGACCCUCCUCCCACCUGCCUUAGCCUGAGCCUCUCUUCUUGUGUCUUCAUAUCCUCUGCUUCCUUUUGCUCAGAAAAGCAUUUCUCCAGACCCUUCAUAUUUCUUUAAUUAGACCGUGGUUUCCCGAUCCAUCCUUCCAUCCCACACCCUCCACUCUGCUUCUCUGGAGUCUCUUUCCAUUUCCCUCGACACCACUCCAGAUCCUCCAUUGUCUCCUAGAAGGGCUCCCCACUUUGCCUCCUGAACUCCCCUGUGCCCUAUGUGAGGAGGGAUUGGAAUCUGGGCCUGAAAUGGGGUUUCUGUCCUGUCCCCAGUGAAGGCUCCCAGGAAGGACCUGAUGACCUCACUGUAUGAGCUGAUUCUCCAAACCCUGGCUCCCAUGCGUACCUCAUCCCCAUGCUCACCCCUUUCCAUUUUGAGUAAUAAAUGUCUGUAUAUGAUCAA